GACGCGAAGAAGGGAUGAUGCUCCCCGGGGGAGCGAAUCUGCGGUGUAUAGUGGGGGAAGUCAGCUGAACGAUGGAAUGGUGAGGGUCGAGCGACGAGAAGGGCAACCGCGCUCCACGUCGACCGCUCCGAGAGCGGUUCUUCAGUUGUGAGUCGAGGCUCACCGCGUCGACUUCUCUAAUAUUGUAUUGUGCACGGUACGUUUGUAUCGCGCGAGUCUUUUUUUUUCCUCUUUCUAUCGCAUGCCGAAAAGCGGAUACUCAUUGGCGCAGUGUGCUUCGACGUGCUUUAUCCCCUUCCUGGUUUGGUGCUUUGAGAUCAAAGGAAACGCGUGUAUCGUGCGCACGCGAGCAAGUGCCGUUCAUCGCCGAAGGCCACCAGGCCUCGUGCAUGGCUCCGUUCGCGAGUGAUACCAUUGUUUCAUUGCCGCGACGGAUAUAAGAAAGAAAAAGUGCGGCGGAUCCCGGGAAUCGGCGCCGCCGAUGAGCCGAGGAGUGUGGUAGAGAAGUGGUGUUUUUUUUCGCCGAGUACAAACGACGGUGCGAGCGAAGAUCGACCGCGAAAGAUGCUGACGUCCAGCGCGAAUCAGUAUCUCCGUCCUGAAUACCUCACGCCGCUACCUACAACGUUAGAUGCGAAGAAGAGUCCGCUCGCGUUGCUCGCCCAGACGUGCAGCCAGAUAGGAGCGGAUCCACCGUCCAACAAGUCGCUACUAAGUUCCUUGGACAAGUCGAGUAACAGAUCAUCGAAAACUUCAGAGCAAUCGCGCGACAAGUCGUCGCCGGUGCUGACGGUGUCGGUGACGACGCCAACGCCGGCGAUCGAAACCACGAAGACAAGUUUUAAGCCGUACGAAUCGUGUCUAGCGCGCGAGAAAGCAUCGACGCCUGACGAGCCGCGAUCGGCGUCGAGUCACUCGACAUCGGGUCGUUCCCGAACACCCGCCAAGAGAUGCUCCAGUAAUCAGAGCGCCGCGUCGACGCGCGCAGUCACACCGCAAGGGAGAAAAACGGCGACGCCGAACGGCGAGAUCGCGCGGGACUCGCCAGCUUCCAGAGGUUCGGCGCCCUCGAUACCGUGCUCGAGUGCGGCAAUGGAGGCCGCCGCGAAUCAGCCAGCCGUCAGUAGUCCCUCGUUACAAAUUAAACCCGCCUACAGUCCCGCCGGCGUGCUGGCGAUGACCGAUCCAUCUAUCAAGGACCUCCCAUUGGGCACGUUCAAGCCGGGUGUCAGUCUUCCGGUCUCCACCGCCGCCUAUUUGAGCUACGCGCCCGGCCAGCUGCCGAUCGACGUGAUGGCCAGCUCGCUCAUGUCGCAGCAUCACGCGGCCCUGAAGAACGGCCUGGUCGCCGCCAAUCCUUAUCUCGGUUACGCGCGACUGAAAACCACCGGCGGACCGGCGGACAGCCUGGUACCGAUAUGCCGCGAUCCCUACUGCACCGGCUGCCAACUAAACCCGCAUCUACUGUCGAGCUCGGCGAGCACCGCCGCUGCCGUCGCCAACCUCACCAGCCUCACCAAUGGCAAAUUGCCGUCGGGCGCGAGCGCGACGCCGACGGCUUCCUGUCCGGCCGGGUGCGCUCAGUGCGAUCACAACAAGCCCGGCAGCGUGUCGCCUUAUGGGCCGCUCACCACGGCUGGUGCGGUAUUCGCGCACGCGCAACUUGCCGCGCUCGCUGGCACGCAACUACCCUACGUUUGCAGCUGGAUCGCCGGAGACACCGCGUACUGCGGCAAGAGAUUCGCCACGUCGGACGAAUUGUUGCAGCAUUUGAGAAAUCAUACGAGCGGUGGCGGUGCGACCGAUCCCGCGAUCGCGGCCGCCACGCUGUCCCUGCUGCCGCCGGUCGGCUUGCCGACUCAUCCCCUGUUCGCCCGAUCUUAUCCCACGCCACCCUUGAGUCCGCUCGCUACCGCGCGCUACCACCCGUACGGAAAGCCGUCGCCGCUAUUACCGCCGUCGCUGUCGUCACUGGGCCUGCCGCUGCCGCCGCCACCGCCGCCUCCGCAUCCGCACGCAGCCGCCGGAUUACCGCCGUAUUUCACGCCGUAUUCUCUCUACGCGCCCCGUCUAGGCGCCACCUCCGGGAUGCAUCAAUGAGUUCUCGGUAACGAGCGUUUUGUCAGCUAAAACGCGCUCGCGAGGUGAGUCGACCGGUUAAACUGUGAUUUCUUUACGAGAAUUCGAGUACGUAAGUGGAGAGAGUGUCGGUUCUGCACGUGAUCCGCUUGUCACAGCGCAGUCUGCCGCAUGAUUAUGAAGGAAUCCGAAGUUGUCUGAGCGAGAUAUCGGCGCGGUGGGAUUAUUCAUCUCGAUUAUUGCGCGAUGAUGCGUCUUCCGCCAAUUGUACGCUAAGCUUUUUUUACCUUGCAUUGAAAAUUUAAUGUAGAAUUUGAAAUGUUUAGUACACGUGCGCACGAAACGAUAGCCUCCACUUUAUUCUAACAUGCGACUCACUACUUUUUUGAUGUUGACGCAGGUAGAAAAGGAUAUAUCCAAAUUUCUUCAGUAACAUUAAGUUGAGGAUAUUCACUCGAUAAGUAUAUUCACUCGCCGGUUCUUAUGUGCGAUAUAAAAAGUAAAAAGUAAAAAAGUAAACUCUCGAAAAUGUACACCUGUUCUUAUUAUUCUCAGUAAGAUAAAAUAGCGCCAUGGCUACGUACCCUCAUCUCACAGUCAGCUUCGCAAUUGAAUUUUGUCAAGAUUAUAUUGUCUACGAAUUUUAUUCAAGACGAUUAAUCCUCGCUUAGCGGCGGCUGGAUAAUAAAUACUUAAUGUAUAAAUAGUGGCAAGAAUCUUUUGCUUGUAUUUGCCGUCAUUUAUCUCACUUGAAAAGAUACGAAUAAGAUGUUUUAAAUUUUAUAAAAAGAUUACAAAAAUGAAUGUAUGUUUUCUAUAUUAAUAAAUAAUUGAAAAUAUCUUAUUUGUUUAAAAAAUUAUAUUAGAGUGUAAACAAGAGGCGCUAAGUAUGCAAAUCUUAAAAAAAAAAGUAUUGUUAUACAAAAGAUACUAAUCGUAGAUAUUCAUUAAAAAAACGAACGUUUCAAAAAUCGCAAUAAAAGAAAAAAUAUCACAAUAAAUAAUACUGAAUGAAUAAUAUAAAUAUUUUUUGAAUUCCGAAAAUGAUAGCAAAUACGUUGCAAAUAAAUUGCAACUACAGUUGAUUUUUAAAGUAGAAUGUGAUUUAAAAAAAAUAAAAUAAAAUGCAUGAAAUAUGAAUAAUUGUUAUAUCUUUAAAAGUUAAAUCUUAAAAUUAAGUCUUAAAUUGUUCUAUCUUUUUCACUCUUUGCAAUAGUUUUAAUAUUUGUUAUGCAUUUAUUUUUUGCGCGUCAUGCAAUUUUUAAAUUAGUGUUUUUAUAUUUUUUUUGUAUAUAAAUAUUUUAACAAACAUAAAAACAUAAAAAUUUAUUUAAAAAUAGAACAAAUUUUACACCAAGUCUAAAUAUCCGAGCGCCGGAUUUUGUGCGAUUACAAACGUCUCGCUAUUCGAGGAUUAAAAGUCUAGUGCAUCACUUCGCUGAGAGUUAUUUGACGCAUUUAUCCACUACUCGUCGCUUAAACUCAUGAUUUUAUUAUAUUCAAUAUUAGAAUACCCCGAAUAUGUACUGCGAGGCAUGGGAGUUUUGAUUGUCAUUAAAUUCGUAAUUUUUAUGUCAGUAUAAAAAUAAUUUUGAUUAACCAUAAAAGUAACAUCUGUGAAACAAAGAAUGAUAAAUACGUUCGUGACAAUUUAUACAUUAUUACAAAUUUUUCAAAUUUAUGCAUAAUUAUACUUAAUUAUGAAUUAUCAUCGAGCUACGAAUUGAUUUUUAUACGGAUAUAAGAACAUUGAAGACAAGCCACGUAUCGGUUUAGAACGAGAAGUAACGAAUUUAUCAUGAAGACUUGUUUUUUAAAAGGUCAGUGUGCACGGGAGGAGACCGAACUUUUGAACAUGUGCAAUUCAAUAUGCAUCGCUGUAAAAUUAAUAAACUCCUCAGAGCUGACAAGAUUUUAAUUUAAAAAUUGCAUGACGCGCGCGAAUAAAUUUCGAUGCUUUUCCCAUUCUCUGUCCAUCUGCUGCGUCCGACGUACCUCUCAGUAUCGGAUGACGAGUGCCACACCAAACGUCGAAAAACCAAUGUUUAACUGUGAUUUCCGAGUGAGAAAGUUGGGAGAGAAAGAGAGGGAGAGAAUGCGAUGCGUUGCGCUUCCACGAAAGAGAUUAUAUGUGUGCGAGUGUGUACAUGACUAGAAUUUGUUAACGAACGCGCAAUUACGGGGAUUUUAUUUCGAACGAAAGUAAUCGUAAUCGGACAGACAAAUAUUUUAUCAAGCAUUCAUUUAAUCGCACGCUAUACGCAAAGGUAAACCAUUGUGAUAAUUUUAUGUUGCAAAAUCAACUUUGCCAUGGCAGUGUUCUUUUUUUAUGUUAACGUCAAAUUACAUUCAAAAUACAUUUCGUCUUUCAUUGAAUAAUGGAAUGCUUUAUACUGUUAUUAGUAUUAUUAUCGCGAGUAGUCAGUCUUUUCAAACUAAAUUUGGAUUUCAACUGAAAGGCGAUGGAAAUGGAAAUGUUACGUAAUUAAUUAUUUCAGGUAUAUAUUAAUCAUGGAAAUGCUAAACCAAUCGUGCAAGACUAAAUAUUGUACGCGAUACUUUUCAAAUAUUUCGUUUGGAGUUUAUAUCAGAACUGUACGCGAUGUGCGACAGUUUCUUUUUGAUUAUUUUCGACCGAAGCAUCCUCCGUUUUUGCGACGGGAAAUUACUGAUAUGAUGUAAUCACUAUAUAUGUACUAUUUAUAAAUUAUAUCCGUCAUACUUCCCUUGUAAUUAUUGUACAUUUGUUUAUAGGCGUCUAACUCUAACGAAUCCCUAAUGAGGUGAUGAAUAGUUCGGUUAUACAUAUAUACAUACAUAUAUAAAUAUAUAUAUACAUAUAUAUAUAUAUAUAAAUAUAUAUCUGCGUCUAUUUUUGCGUAACCAAAGUUUUAGUAACUAUCGAUAUUACGUAGCGCAUGGAAUUUCGUGUGUACAUGACAUUAUACAUUGAAGAACGACAAAAAUGACGAUUAUUACGAGAUAUAUUGUAAUUUGUAAAUAGCUUUAUUAUAAUGCAACGUUGUAGUUAUGAUCGACGAAACGCUGAGAUUGUCGAUAACUUUGCUCACGAUUCAAAUUCUUACGUUGUUUCUGUGUAUCUCUGAUUUUUACAUGUGGUUAAAGCUUCGUAUUUACUUGGCACAAGCGCCAAUGUCACUAUCUACGUCAACUCGUCGUUAUUCUAUUAUUGUUAUUCUAUGUUACUCAAGAGUUUGAUUCUUUUUAGGACCGAAAUACAGAAACUCAUUUCUUACAAAGAGAA